UCAGUCUAGCGUAUCGCUUGUCUGUCCAUUGGAAACAUCAUGUUCCCGUUAUUUAUCUUGCUAGUACUAGGCACUACUGCUGAAGUAUUCCUUGAAAAGCCAUAUUACGAAUUGAACGAUGCAGACGACCUUUUUCGAAAUUUCGUUCAGGAACAUAACAAAUUGUACGAUCCGGAAGAAUACUUACAAAGACUUGAAAUUUUCAAGGCAUCUUUACUUGAAAUCAAUGAACGUAACGCUAUAUUUCCGCAAAGUGUGUUUGAAGUAACUCGUUUUGCGGAUUUGGCCCCUGAAGAACGUUACAGUAAUACGAUUCUAAGUCAGAUGAUUGAUGAAAGUGCAAUUGAGCUGCAUUAUCGUCCUGAGGAGAUAACGGCCCCCGAGCAGUGGGACUGGAGGGAGCAUGGAGUGGUCACUCACGUAAAGAACCAAGGCGAAUGCGGUAGUUGCUGGAUCUUUAGUGCUACUGGAGCCAUUGAAAGUCAAUAUGCCAUCAAACACAAUAAAAGCCUCGCCUUUUCUGAACAGCAGAGCUUGGACUGUAUAAAAGAAGAAGAACUUGAAGGUUUCCAACGUGAUAAUUGCGAAGGAGGAUUUCCCGGAAGUGUUAUGGCUUACCACGAGAUAUUUGGUGUAGUACUCGAGAAAGAUUACCCAUAUACAGGAAAGCAAACAACAUGCACGGAAGAUCCCAAAAAGGUCAUAACGAAAGUGACGGGACACACAGCUCUCAAGUCUUCAGAUGAAGAAACAUUAAAACAGCUUGUUUAUGAAAAGGGACCUUUAGCAGUAGGUAUAGAUCCCCGAGACUUAACUUUUCACAAAAAAGGCAUAGUAUAUCCCCACCAUUGUAAAAAUAUGACAACCCAUGCAUUGCUGUUGGUUGGAUAUGGUAUAGAAAACGGCACUAAGUAUUGGGUAAUCAAGGACUCUUACGGUCUUGAAAGAGGAGACCAGGGCUACUUUAAACUGGUGCGGGGAAUCAACGCUUGUUCCAUGGGAACAUCAUAUGGUACAGCGUAUUGUACUGUUUUUACAGAAAACUUUUAUUAUACCUAUCCUAGUUUAGCGUAUUGCUGUUUCACUGACAACAUCAUGUUCCCGUUAUUUGUCUUGCUGGUAGUUGGUACUACUGCUGUUGAAUUCUUUGAAAAACCAUAUUACGACUUGAGCGAUGCUCACAACCUUUUCAAGGACUUCGUUCAGAAACAUGGAAAAGUAUACAAUUCAGAAGAAUACUUACAAAGACUUGAGAUAUUCAAGGAAUCUUUAGUUGAAAUCAAUGAACGCAACGCCAUGCAUGCACAAAGUGUGUUUGAUGUAACUCGUUUUGCUGAUUUAACAGUUGAAGAAAGACGAGCUCUUUACGGUACUAGUUCAGUUGAUGAGGAGCUUGAAAUUGUAACCAAGCAAUUAGGUCCUGAAGAGAUCACAGCUCCCGAGGAGUGGGACUGGAGGGAUCAGGGUGUGGUCACUCACGUAAAAAGUCAAUUGGGCUGUGGUGCUUGCUGGAUUUUUGCUGCUACUGGAGUUAUUGAAGGCCAGUAUGCUAUCAAACAUAAAAAGCUCCUAGCCUUUUCUGAACAGCAGAGCUUGGACUGUAUUGUUCAGAAAGGAUGGCCAUCUAAUUGUGCAGGAGGUCGUCCUUAUAGGGUCAUGCAUUAUCAUCAGAAAUUCGGCGUAGUACUAGAAAAAGAUUACCCGUAUAGAGGAAACGUAUCAACGUGCCAUGAAGACCCCAGAAAGGUUGUCACCAAGGUCACGGGAUAUACGAUCUACAAAAUUGUAGAUGAGGAAACAUUGAAACAGCUUGUAUAUGAAACGGGACCUAUGUCAAUAGGUAUAGAUGAUAGCGACUUAGCUUUCCAUAAAAAAGGCAUAUUGUACCCCAAAAAGUGCAAGAAUGACGUUACGCACGCUAUUUUGCUGGUUGGAUAUGGUAUAGAAAACGGCACCAAGUAUUGGAUCCUCAAGAACUCUUUUGGCAUUGACAAUGGAGACCAGGGCUACUUUAAACUGGUGCGGGGGAUCAACGCUUGUUCUAUUGGCAAAACAUAUGCAGUAACCUGUACUGUUGCUUGAUUAUUUAAAAUAGUAAUGAUGGUACAAAUACAGACGAAUGUUCCAGAAAUAAGGCAUGACAUGGGUUGCAAACACUAUAACUAAAAAUAUAGCCAAUCAAAGGGCCUACUCUUGUAUAA